GAAAGAUAACGCACGAGUUCCGCGUCUCCUCAAUACUCAUAUCUAUCGAACUGCCUUCAUCAAUUUUGUGUCAUUAAUCGCGACAAGUCUGGGGUACAGAGGCCAGCGGCUAUCGAAAACAAAUCUAGUGAAAAUAUUGAAGCCCUCGUGUUUGAUUUUCAGGUGCUCAAGCACUCUAUUGUGGGAGAGAAAAUAGAAGUUAUAGUUUAUGAGUCGGAGAGUGGAACGGAUGUAGACACGUCAAUCAGUUCUGGAGUGAGUGGAUACAAAUAGCGGCCCCGAUUGGGUGAUAAUGACUGACUGAUUGUGAGUUCGGUGCGCGUGCACUUGAUUGUGAAGAAAACGAAUAUGAAUAGUGACAGUGGAAUUCAGAGAAGGAGAUGAGGGGAAAUUCCUCGGAUGAAAACUAAUGGCAGUGAGGGUCAUCAUUGGCCGCUGACCAAGCAGAUGGCGGGCAGAAUAUCUAUAGAAGAUGUCAGAGAGCGCAUGCAGAAGCUACAACAAGAUGUCUUAGAUCAAGUUGGUGAUCGACUGAAUGACAUGGUCACAGAAGUCAUAGAAGGAAUAGAAAACAUCGCGCACUCCGGAACUGUACCCAGCAGUGCACUAGAAAAAUUGUACAAUGACAAAAAGUAUGGAUUGUUUUUUUCUAGAGAAUUAGGUGGCGGUGGAAAGCUCCCAGAGAAGGACUUCCGGAUUCGAAAUUCAGUCCUAACAGACGUGUUCAAUGACGUGAAACACGUGCGACCGAUCUACAACGUUUGGUUAAUGAUACUGCUAUCACUACUGUUACAUACAAUUUCAAACGAUCUCAUCGAGAAGGGAAAAGUGAAUUUGGGAUUUGUCACGAUAGCCGCUGGCUUAGCAAAAUUCCCCGAUGUCAUCAGGCUUUGGAGUCUGAUGUUCACAUCCUCGCUCUCCGUUUAUGCAUUUCACAGCUUCUGGGCGCGUCAGCGGUUGAAGUUCCAACCGAAAUCACCACUCGUGAGAGUUUGGGACUACACGUGGCUAUUAAUUUUCCUUAUAUACCAGCUGGCCUUCUUAUACCUACCUGCAAGGGCAGUCCUUGCGGCGGAACUUCCACCCCCAUCUACGCUGAUCGUUGUCAUGGAGCAGGUACGAAUGAUCAUGAAAAUCCAUGCUUUUGUGAGGAGCACGAGCCCUACGGUGAUUUCUUACAAACCACAUACAGAGGGGAGAGAAUUGGAUUUUCCAGGGUUUUCAAAAUUUCUGUACUUCAUGUUUGCACCGACACUCAUUUAUCGAGACAGCUAUCCAAGAACGAGAACAAUCAGCUGGCGUUUCGUAGUUUGGCACUUCCUGGAAGUCGGCUUCGUGAUAUUCUUCGUUGCAUUCUUAUGCGAGAGAUUCAUCUUCCCGACGUACAAGAACUUCGGGGUUGAACCAGUCACAUUGAGCAAUGUGUUACCGAAAAUAUGCAGUUCAGUUCUUCCUGGACUGGGACUGUAUCUCAGUGGAUUCUACUGUCUUCUACAUGCGUGGAUGAAUGCUUGGGCUGAACUACUGAAGUUUGGAGAUCGAAUGUAUUAUAAAGACUGGUGGAAUUCAGUAUCCUACGGCAGCUUUUACCGCAAUUGGAACGUAGUAAUUCACGAUUGGCUGUACACAUACAUCUACAAAGAUUUUUACGAAAUUGUCUUCCCGAGAAAGAAAGCGAUUGCCAUGUCCUCGGUGUUUUUCAUAUCUGCAGUGUUCCACGAGUACAUCCUCAGCAUUGCUUUUCACAUGUUCUAUCCAAUGCUAUUUGUGAUUUUUCUCGCAACCGGAUACCCCCUAGUGUGGCUGACGCAGAAAAGAUCUCAUUCCUUCGGCAAUGUUUUCCUCUGGUUCUCACUUCUCUUUGGUAAUGGACUGCUACUGAGCACAUAUUCCAUGGAGUAUUUCGCGAGGGUCAAUUGUCCUGGAUUCGGGGAUGAUUUUCUGGAUAUAAUUCUACCGAGGAGUUGGAUGUGUAACAGUACGAAGCUAGAGAGCCGAUGAAGGCUAGUGGAAUUGUCCGAAGAAAAGACAUUGGAAUCGAUGGUCACUUCCUAUUCAAUUUCUAUUGAAAAUUCUAUUCUUUUGCCGAUUUCAUUGAAA